AUGUGCUUAUCUAAGAUUUUCUCCCCCGUUGAUCAAUCACUAAAGGUAUUGGUAGAGGUCAUGACACGAUUGGCGGGUCAAGAAGUGGUUAAGGGAACUCGCAAGCGCGGCCGAUCUAAGGAGUGUGGAACCGAUGAGGAGGCGCACUUUGUUAUCCGCAUUAAUGGGAGGGUAACUCAGGUGCCCUCUGCCGCACCGUCCCUGAACCUUCGGCAACUACUUGGACAAGCGGGUGUGUUGCUGCAGGACAUAACGGAUGAGGAGACCCCUAUCCUAUUGCUACCAUGUCCCAACACUGGAAACGUUACGGUGCAUCCCAAUCAUAACUAUAGGCUAGUGAAGUUCGUUGGUGAGCACAUGUGUCUUGCUGGGGCUAUGUCACAUGCUAACAAUAAUAGCAAGACUGACCACGUGGCGAUCGCUGCAAAGGAUGGUGAAGCAGAAAAGAAGAGUCCCCUCCGUAGUGACAUCUGGGCUAUGGCUGAACUGUGGGCCGUGAUAGCAUUCAUGCAAGAGCACAGAGCGUCAUGCGUGCAGGACUUCCUAAGUCUUCCUGUGGAAAGAAUGGCAACGUACUACUCGCGUGGGGUUUUGAAUCUGCGGCGGCAAUGUUUUUCGGGUGUUGAAUCGGAAAGUAGCGAUGAGGAAGUGGAGGAAAGUGAGGUGUGUUACGAAGGGAAAGAGGAUGAGGAAGACUAA